AUGGCGCUGCAGGCCACCGCUCUUGAGCCUGCACCAAGCUCCUCAGAAGAGUCCGGCAUCCUAAGCGAUGAACAGAUCGAGCAGCUUCUGCACGAGGCCGAAGUGAGGUUGAAAGAAGCGUCCGAGUCGAUCGUUCAGGCUGCAAGAGCCCCAGAACUUCAGGACAUUAUUUCAGUGGGCAAUAUUCGGAAGCGAAAGCCGUUGCCGAAGCUCAUUGGUAGCCUCAAGAAAGCGUCCUAUAUCGAACAGAAGAAUGGUAUUGCUCAGGCCGAUGGAAAACGACUGCUAGUCGACAAGCACAGGAAGCUGUCCAAUGGCUUGAGAGCCGUUGAGCUGGAUCAACUGGUGAAAGGAUCGAAGAAGAAAGAUGAGAGACCGACAUCCGGAGCUGAAUGGUUUGACCUACCGAAGACAGUCUUAACACCGCAGUUGAAGCGCGACCUGCAAUUGAUCGAAAUGCGAUCCGUUCUCGAUCCACAUCGGCAUUACAAGAAGGCAUCAGGCGAAAACAAGGUUCCCAAGUUCUCGCAAGUAGGAACAGUCAUUGAGGGGCCCACAGAGUGGUACAGCUCUAGGAUCAACAAAAAGGAUCGAGCGAGAAAUUUUGUGGAAGAGGCUAUGGCUGGGGAGAAAGAGUCUGGUCGUUUCAAGAGAAAGUACAACGAGAUUCAGGAGAAGAAGACAAGUGGCAAAAAGUCAUACUAUAAAAGCUUGAUCGAUAAGAGGAAGAAGCGCAAGUGA